AUGGCACCCCCAAGCAAGUCAAGCAAGGCUGCCCCCAAGCCAAAGUCGGCCCCAAAGUCGGCUUCCAAGAAACCCGCCUCCUCGGCAGAUGAGAAGCCUAGCUAUGUCACCAUGAUCUCGGAGGCAAUCACUACGGUCGGUGACAGAACUGGCGCAUCUCGUCAGAGCAUCAAAAAAUAUCUGCAAGAUAAGUACAAGUUGAGCUCCACCGAUGGCAAGGUUGCUUCCCGAACAAAGAAGGCUCUCGAAGCCGGUCAAUCAUCAGGCCGGUUUGUUUUCCCCAAGGGAACAUCCGGCAAGGUCAAGAACGCUCCCAAGAAGCCCGCUUCUGCCGCCGGCAAGGAGAAUAAGAAGCCUGUCAGCAAGACCAAGGCGACUACAACCAAGAAACCCGUAGCGGCUAAGAAGGCGCCAGCAAAGAAGCCUGCUGCCAAGACUGCUGCCGCCAAACCGGCUGCUAAGAAGCCUGCUGCUGCGAAGAAGCCGGCAGCAAAGAAGCCUGCUGCUAAGACCGCAGCAGCAGCAAAGAAGCCAGCGGCCAAGAAGGCGCCUGCUGCUAAGAAGCCAGCGGCGAAAAAGGCGACUGCUCCUAAGCCUGCUGCUAAGAAGGCUGCCGCCAAGCCCGCAGCUAAGAAAGCUGCAGCUAAGCCUGCCGCUAAGAAGGCGCCCGCGAAGAAGGCUGCGCCAAAGGCCAAAGCGCCUGCUAAGAAAGCUGCCCCUAAGGCGGCAAAGAAAUAA